AUGUCUGUACUUCGGGGGUUUGAAUCGAGUCGGGGUUAUCGCAGAAAAUUCUCUUUCUCAGAACUUGCUCUAGACCUAGCGGAAGAGAACCACGACAAGCGACGGACGGUCCACUUUGGAAGUCUUCCAGUGAUGAAUGGCGCGCGAGACAGCCAAGUGAAGCGGUUGAGCUUGGACAUCAAGCGCAAACAAGUCCCGUCGGUCUCGGCGCGUAGGCCGGUGGAGGGCGCGGUAGCAGACCCAGGAUAUCACACGGAUCCUGAGCCAUCCUGCGUCCAUCGGCACCGUUCCGGUCUUACACAGGACCUGGACAAGGAAGUAGUUGCUGCACUGGGCUUCAGUGAUGCAGAUUCGCGAUCAGGUCAGUCGGGUCACGCAUUAUCCUAUCGAAGCACGGCUGGAGAUCUGGCGGAAUUGGCGGCGUCUGACUCUGCAGUCCUUGCGCCGACAGGAUCCCAGGAGCAUUGGGAGUUGCCUGGCGAUAGUGCAUCCUCGGCGCAUCGAUUAGCGCCCGUGCAACCUGGCAGGGAUUGUCCUCCCCGAAAGCCUUUGUCGAGGGAGAACGAAUCUCCCCCGAUGACCCCGAUUCAGGUGGCCAUCAAUGACGCACCUUUGUUGAUCCCCGAGUACAAAAGCGACCAGCGGGACAUUGGCGACAAGAUCCUGUCGUGGACGGAGCAGGCCAACAGUGUUGACGAUCCAAUGGACCAGCCAAAUAACGUUCAGCCACAGCCUGCGUCCGAGGAACCGUCUCCCGAACGCGAAACGACCACUCGGGCACCGUCGUCUACGGGGAAACGGUUUUACUCCUCGGUCAUGGAAACCAAAAAUCGGGAUAGCCAACGUAGUAACGGCGAAAUUAAGACGGCAACGCUGCUGGAUCCGAGUCACCAUCGGCGGGGCUCCAGCGUGCAAGUGCGACUCCAGCCCGUGCCCUCCGUGUCAUCCUUGGGCACCCUCGAGGCGGAUCGAGACCCGCAACGGCCAUUGCGCCAAGUACUUGGCCAGGCGAACUCGUCGCGAGUGUCAUUCUUGUCGGAUCAUGACGGGGGCGAUGGUCAGCACCAAAGUCUUGGCGGCAUACUUAGGCCCGAUCGUCAAGGGCGCAGGCCGAAGAGCCCCUGGCCAGGCGAUGAGGCUGAACAUGCCUCGCGCCGACUUAGCGGUGUCUUUCGACCUCUUCUGUCAGGCAGUAGACCCCGCGAUGCUUCCCAAUCCACCGAUCAUGCUCCCUCCAACCCGCCCGCCCAGCCUGCCUCGAAGCAAGCGCCAACGCAGACAGCCUUAUCGACAAUGGAGAAGCUGAAGGUGGUCGGCAACAAAAUUCGUCGUCCUUCUCGGGCCUCUGAAUCCCACGGUGUAAAGACGGGUCAGCCGCACAGGAAAGCGUUAGACAAAAUAAGUGGCUUCUUCAACCGUCGAGCGGAACAUGGCCGGCCCAAAUCAAGAGCUGCCGAAACCCACGUUCCACCGGUCGUCCAAAUCCAGCGUCAGGCCCAUUCAAUGGACCGGCUUUAUCCCGUCUCAUCACAGCGCACGUCCACCUCAGACCACUCUCAUCUUCCCUCCGCCGAGUAUGAUCGGCCCCGAUCAAAUAUCGAGAACCACUCCUUCCAGGGCCAACCUCCUCCCGUGGAAGGAUACUUCGCGCCGGAGUCCUUCUCGCGGCUUAACGAUCCCCAAGAACCCGGUACCCCCUUGACGCAGCAGAUCACUGUCGAAGACGUGGCCAGCAAUACCAUCACGAGUAAUCGCAUUCCGUCGCCGACCGAUUAUUUCCGGCAUCGACACAGUGGCAGUGGAAGCGGAAAUGGUCGACUCACUCCCCAAUCACCGCUCUUCCGACCACCCACGAACCCCCAAACCCCCCAAUAUCAACAACCACCGAUCGCAUCCCCCGGUCUAGCAUCCCCACUGCGAGCAUCGCCCAUCGCCUCCCCCGUCGUUCCCGCCCCACAAUCCCCACCCUCCCGCGGCCGUUCCGAGGAAAGAACAUACGCCCAAGACCUAAACAUCCGCUCCCGCAGCCCGAAAACCUUCGCCCCGCGCCCGGAAGAAAGACACAUUCCCAGCACCGACACCACCGACCCUGCCUACCACCUGGGUAUUUUCCGCCAAAACCCUCGCACCAGCCGCAUCGGCGACCAAGAACGACCCUGGAAACUGACCAUUCCUGGCGAAUCCGAAGAGGACAAACCCCCGGACAACGCUCUCGCCUGGCGCCAGCAGACCACCCAAGGCGUCCUCCAGUGCGGCCACGACCGAUUACCCACCUACGAAGAGGAUACCAAAGACCCACCCCAGGAAAAUCCCCGCGACGAAAAACCCCCUCUCAGCGACACCCCCGCUCCUGCUCGUCCCUCGAUGCCCCCUCUCUCCCAAUCCACGGGCAACCUCCACCCCACGCGAGGCGAAGGCCGUGUCCUCAACAACGACGCCCCGGUCGAGUUACCCGUCCAGACGGACGACGAUUCCAGCGAAGAGAUCCUGAUGUCGAGCACGGCGUAUCCGGGCCAGGAGUGGAGACCCGUUGGAUUCUCUGGGUGGGAGUAG